AUGGCAUCCUGGCCUGGGACCUCACGGAGCCAUUCUGCAUUGGCAUCAUUUGCUGGAGAUCCAUGGGAAGAUACUAGGAGCGAGGUCUACGCCGCCAGGUUAUCACCUAUGCUGCAACCAGCAGAGGACUGCCCAGUAUGGACGUCCCCAGUCUCAACAGCAACCGACACCUUGCAACCAAACUCCCGUUGGAUAUCCGACGAUUCUCCUCCCAAAACUACAUCAACUGUCCCGCUAUAUGGAUACCCUGCCGAAGAGGUUAUUGAAAGUGACCCAGAUUUGAACGCGAGAGUUCAGCGCAUCCACGAAACGCAGCCUUGCCUAUCUUCAGCCUCAUCCCAACAAUUCCACCUCCCCGAUAAUUUGCCAGUGCAUAUACAAGAUAACGACGUUCAUCUAGCAACCAUAUUAGAUAAGGUUGCCGCCCUCCAGGAGGAUCUCUUCGUCCAACGAUCCCAUGCCAGGAAUUUCCGCAGUGUACUUCGACACAAACGGGAACAAGAGAAUCAGAUUCGACGAGCCCUCCAGAAUAAUCUCAAUUCUAUCAUACCUGAAGAGGUGGAUGCAAAAGCUUUGAGAAUAAGCCAGACUAUCGAGAACCUGCAGGCAGCCACAGCAUCCUAUCUAGGGCUGGAAGCCGAAUACCAAAUGGUAGAAGAUGCAUUAGAGCAGAAAGAACAAGAUCUAGAUAAGCACAUGGCAGAGCUUACUGGUAUCCUACGCAAAGAUGUUACGCUCCUCGCCCAAGAGAAGCACGACAUCGAUGUUCACUCUGACUCGCCAGUGCACCAUAAUGUACCUGCCGAAGAUACUCACGACUUUUCUCCCGAAGCAGCUGAAUACAUCUCCCUUGUCGAAGAUGCUCGGGUACUUCGUACAAGACUUGAGAAGCUUACCCGAGGUGAGACGGAAUACAUCAAGAUAGUUGAUCAACAGAAGUUCCGCGGGCAGAAUGGUCUACCCCUCGACAAUAACGCGCAGCUGUUCCUUGAACAGUAUGAAGAUGAAAGAAAUAACAUUGAGGGGGGAUUAAAUGAAACACAUCUUCGACUCGAGAAUCAUCCUGGGCGCAAAAUGCCUCAGGAUGAUAUCGUCGUAGUCACAGACGAUGAAUGGCGGGAUUUGUUGAAGGAGUAUCUCCUCGAUUACACCAAAGAUCAGCCAUCUCCAGAUCCACUGCGUGCCUCUAAAUUGGAUGACCGAUCGCCCUUUUUUGAAACGGGACGCCCUCUUCCAUUAAAUAAGUCUAAUUUUGUCAACCAUUGGCUUCUCUAUCGACUACGUCAUUCUGCGAUCGAAGUUCUAAAGUUUAAGUCUCAGCCUGAGCUACUUGACUUGAUGGAAAAGGGCUGGGAUGGGGAUAGUAUCAGUCAGAUGGCGAUGAGGCUAUGGUACGAAGAUGGGACGACAAAGGUAGAGACGGCCUAG